AAGAACCCGGUGGCAAAGUUCCAGAGGUGAGCGGAGCCUGGCAUGGAGGCGGUGGUCAAGGUGAAGCCCCACAACAAGGACACCAUAAUGAAGUACCAUGAGUGCAACAAGAUCGUGAAGCAGAAGGCCUUUGAGCGGGCCAUCGCGGGUGACGAGCACAAGCGCUCCGUGGUGGACUCGCUGGAUAUCCAGAGCAUGACCAUCGAGGGUGAGUACAGAGGACCCAAGCUUGAGGAUGACAAAGUGACAGUCACCUUCAUGAAGGGGCUCAUGCAGUGGCACAAGGACCAGAAGAAACUGCACCGGAAAUGCGCCUACCAGGAUUUCAGACAAAAAUCAGGAAUCAUCACCAGCCAAGACUGUGUUCGGACCAUUUGACAUCUUCCAGGCACCAGAAGAAAUACGACCAACCUCCAUAACAAAUGAGAGAAACUUCACCUGACUGUGUUUUGUGCAUUUGGUUUAUGAGUCAUUUUAAAAACGUGUACUUGUACUGCUGCGUUCAGGUUUUCAGCCAUAGAAUAUUCUAGAAAAAAUGGUGAUAACAUUUAUUUCACCACUAUAACCCUGAAUGUGUAGCUGUGUUUUUUUAAAAAAAAUUUUUUUUACAAUUGUAGAAUAUGUAACAUGCCUCCAGAAACGUGCCCUAAACACAAACAUAUAAUUUGGCAACUAAUUACAUAGCAAGUCCUAUGUUACUGUCAUCUCAUCUAGAAAUCAUCGUCCUCCCAGAAGCCCCUCAUGUGCUCUGGCCAUCUGAAAUCCCUCCCUGCCCCAGGGAUAAAUAAUAUCCUGUUUUGUGAUAAACGUCGCCUUUUCUAUACACAUGUAUGCUUAUUAACAAACUAUGAAUUUCUCCACACGGUAGAUUUGAUUAUGUUUGAAUCUUAUAUGAAUGCAAUCCUAUUGGUGGAUUGUUUUUGCUGUGUCUGUGUGUGUGUGUUUUAGAAAAAAUACAUUAGGAAAAGAAA